AUGUAUAUGAAGCAGGACCUUCUGAUCAAGGGUGAGGCAGAGGCUUGCACAAACCCCAACUCUCUCUUCCGCAACCACGCAGCGUGGGCUCAGAGAGAGGUGGGCCACGCUCGGAGGCUAGAAAGCAGGCGCGAGAUCUGGCAAAGGAGACAGUGGGGUUCCUGGCUCGCUCCCUCUCGGUUCGCUGUGUUUGCUGAGCGAGUGUCCUACGCUGUGGGGACGAAGAGCUCCAAGUACAGCGAGAAGAGAGAAACCAACCAGCACCCACCUCCCUCCCGCCGGCCGGGCGCCGAGGCGUUGCAUCGCGGAGCCGCCGGCUCCCAGCUCCUCGCUCCGGCCCCGCAGCCACAGCCUCUGCAGUCGCAGCCGGGCAUGGUGAGUGAGUCAGGACACCGCGCCCCCCGGUUGGCCGCCGGAUCCCAGCCGGCUUCGUCCCGCGGAGCCAGCCUGCGGCGGGAGUGCGCGGCGGGGCCGGUGCCGGGGUCCCGGCUGCCGAGCGGCGCCCGCAGGGCUGGUCCGACCCGCCCGGACGGGACUCCGCCGCCGCUCAGAGCCGCGCUUCGGCCCGCGGCGGCCGUGGCGGCGGCAGCGGCGGCACCCAAUGCGGCCGUCACCUACGAGACGUGCUGGGGCUACUACGACGUGAGCGGCCAGUACGACAAGGAGUUCGAGUGCAACAACAGCGAGAGCGGCUACCUGUACUGCUGCGGCACCUGCUACUACCGCUUCUGCUGCAAGAAGCGCCACGAGAAGCUGGACCAGCGCCAGUGCACCAACUACCAGAGCCCCGUCUGGGUGCAGACGCCCAGCACCCGGGUGGUGUCGCCGGGGCCCGAGAACAAGUACGACCCGGAGAAGGACAAGACCAACUUCACCGUCUACAUCACCUGCGGGGUGAUCGCCUUCGUCAUCGUGGCGGGCGUCUUCGCCAAGGUCUCCUAUGACAAGGCCCACCGCCCUCCGAGGGAGAUGAACAUCCACAGGGCUCUGGCUGACAUCUUACGGCAACAAGGACCAAUCCCCAUAGCACACUGUGAAAGAGAAACUAUCUCGGCUAUCGAUACCUCUCCCAAAGAGAACACGCCAGUCCGAUCGUCCUCCAAAAACCACUACACACCCGUGCGUACGGCCAAGCAGACUCCGGGGCAUUAUGGGAAGGAUGCCUACCGAAGUGGAGGGCCCGAUCUCCACAACUUCAUCUCAUCUGGAUUUGUCACAUUAGGAAGAGGACACAGCAAGGGUGAACAUCCGUAUAACCAUCCGAUUUUAAGCAGUGCUACCCAGACCCCUACACAUGAGAAGCCCCGGAUGAACAACAUCCUGACGUCAGCCACGGAGCCCUAUGACCUCUCCUUCUCCCGGUCCUUCCAGAACCUGGCUCACCUGCCUCCCUCCUAUGAGUCUGCAGUGAAGACCAAUCCCAGCAAGUACUCCUCUCUGAAGAGGCUAACGGACAAGGAGGCAGACGAGUACUACAUGCGGAGGAGACACCUGCCAGACCUGGCCGCCCGGGGCACCCUACCCCUCAAUGUCAUCCAGAUGUCCCAACAGCAGCAGAAGCCGCUGCCUCGGGAGCGGCCCCGCCGGCCCAUCCGGGCCAUGUCGCAGGACAGGGUCCUGUCCCCGGAGCGGCGCCUGCCUGAUGACUUCGGCAUGCCCUAUGAUCGCAUCCUGUCAGAUGAACAGCUGCUGUCCACCGAGCGCCUGCACUCCCAGGACCCGCUGCUGUCCCCGGAGCGGACGGCCUUCCCUGAACAGUCCCUGUCACGGGCCAUCUCUCACACAGACGUCUUUGUGUCCACGCCCGUGCUGGACCGCUACCGCAUGACCAAGAUGCACUCCCAUCCCAGUGCCUCCAAUAACUCCUACGCCACCCUGGGCCAAAGCCAAACAGCGGCCAAGCGCCAGGCCUUUGCCUCGCGCCGACAUAACACCGUGGAACAGCUGCACUACAUCCCGGGUCACCACACCUGCUACUCAGCCAGCAAGACCGAAGUGACCGUGUGACUGGGGCAGGGCC